AUGCUGAAAUUUGACUCUCUAAACAAGUACCAAUCGCCCGAGCGCAAGCCUGCGACACGCCUUUCCUCACCUCCGAGCGGCUGGAGUGUCAUAGAUCGGCCUGCACCUGUUGACGAAGAGGACGAUGGGCUGAUUUACGAGGAUGAGGAAGACGAAUUUGGACUACCAAGUAUAGCUAAUUUCCAGAGCAAAAAGGCCAAAAACAAUAGAUUGUCCAUGCUGGAAUAUGGCACGGAUCUCGAGAGGACAAGCUCAGCACCAAAUUUGCUAGUACCGUCAACCUCGAGACAUGAGCGAUCCAGCAGCUUCGACAUUGCAGAAGAAAGAAACCCAUUAUCGUACCCGAGUGCACGUAGGAUUGAAGGAAAGAUUUUGAGACCACAAUACAAGGAGGUCUUGUCGGAUCCCGCGAACUCGCUACACCUCAUCAGACAUCCGCCAUUGUCGUCGGACGCCAGUGCAAAACAAGUCGAAACACACAACACUCGUAUAUCGAGGAUAAACAAGUUCAAACGAAUACUUCAGACCAGUACGGUAUCACUUCCAGAAUUGAGAUCAGCAGCAUGGUCAGGUAUUCCUGAAGAAGUGCGUGCGAUGACCUGGCAGCUUCUCCUUGGGUACUUGCCAGCUCAAAGUGAAAGAAGGAUUACCACGCUGGACAGGAAGCGAAAGGAAUAUCUAGAUGGUGUUAGGCAAGCUUUUGGGGAAGGGAGCGCUGCUCAUCGAAACUACAACAGUUCUGGCCUUGCCUCCAAUUCCUCGUAUACGAAUGGUCGCGGUCGUGGGUUGGACGAAGCACUUUGGCAUCAAAUCGUUAUUGACGUGCCUCGCACGAACCCACAUAUUCCUCUCUAUCAGUACGAAGCCACCCAGAGGUCGCUAGAGCGAAUAUUGUACGUCUGGUCAUUACGACAUCCCGCCAGUGGAUACGUCCAAGGUAUCAAUGAUCUGGCCACACCGUUCUGGCAAGUCUUUCUGGCAGUGUAUAUUACGGAUUCAAACAUCGAAAGAGGUAUGGAUCCUGGCCAGCUACCGAAGCAGGUACUCGACGCUGUGGAAGCCGACACGUUUUGGUGUUUAUCCAAACUACUUGACGGCAUACAAGACAACUACAUUGUGGCUCAGCCGGGUAUUCAUCGUCAAGUCGCAGCAUUGAGGAACCUUACUGCAAGGAUCGACGAUCGUCUGGCUAGGCAUUUUGAAGAGGAAAAUGUCGAGUACAUGCAGUUCAGUUUCAGAUGGAUGAACUGCUUGCUUAUGCGUGAGUUCAGCAUGCGUAGUAUUAUUCGGAUGUGGGACACCUAUCUUGCGGAAGAAGAUGGCUUUUCACAAUUUCACCUCUAUGUCUGUGCUGCAUUCCUGGUGAAGUGGUCAGAUCAGUUAAUGAAGAUGAACUUUCAGGAGAUCCUGAUGUUCCUACAGGCGCUGCCAACAAGAGAUUGGACGGAAAAGGACAUCGAGCUGUUGCUUAGUGAGGCCUUUAUUUGGCAAAGCUUGUUUCGUGGUUCGAGAGCUCAUCUGCGGAACUCUUCGAACUCUUCGGUAGUAACAGGAUCGCUCGGGCCACCGGGUUGA